CCAACAACAACAACAACAACUUUGUUAAAGAUGGGUGUGCAACAAUUAUUGGCACCCUGAUGAAUUCAUAUGAAAAAAACAUAUUUGAAGUAUAUUCCCAUUGAUAUAUCACAUUUUAAUACACCUGGAUGACUAGGAACAGGAAAUAGUUCAACCAUGACUUCCUGAUUCACAGGGUUAUAAAUAUGAGUUAAAACAUUCCAGUCAAAUUCCCUUAGUCAUUCAUAGCAAUCGGUCAGACCAAGGAAAAUAGCUGUAAUGUUCAGCAAAAGAUUGUUGAGCUUCACAAAAUGGGAAGUUUUAAAUGAUGGCAAACGUAAGAUUCAAGUGUGACAGUCAAAGUCUCCAGAAGAACCCUGGCUGGUUCUGCAAGAUGCUCAGUAAAACUUACAGCUCAUUUCCUUAUAAAACAACACUAAUUCUACCGGAGACUACUUUUUUAUUUUUUAAUUUUAAAGCAAAGGGUCAUCACACCAAAUAUUCCCUUUGUUUUGUUUAUUAUUGUUUACUGCUCUUUAUAGUAUUUCUUUUAAUAGAGAAACAUUUAAUUUCAUUAUUUUUGAAGGCACCUUUGCUUCACAGCAUUUAUUUUGCACAGCUCUAUCUAUCUAUCUAUCUAUGCACAUUUGAGAACCCUGCUGGUUUCACUUUCUAAAACAAUCGAUUUCUGAAGUAUUAUAUUAUAUCAUAUGCUAUGAUAUAAUAUCAUAUUAUCGUACUUUUACCUUAUUUUCUCCCUUUUUUUUGCCGGAAGUUGUUUGGUAUCUGCUAUCCCAAAUUGAAUGAGCGUGACGUCACUAAACGCCCCGCCCCCCUGCGCGCCCCUUUAUAAACUGCGGCUCGCUCCCCUCUCACACAGUAUUCUACUCUCGACAGGAACUAUGCUCCCUCCCGGUGCAGGUACAAAAAGCUCACCUGUACAUCAUAUACAAGCCAGCAGAUGGCAUCCAAUAGGACCCGGUGCACAACUCACUAGAUGUCCAGUGAUAUGGAGACCGUGGACUCUUACCAUGUCAGACACUCAGCCUAAAAAAAAAGCUCCUGGAUCCAGGCAGGUGUCUGACAUGCAAGGCUUUCAUCACCCAGUGAGGCUGUUCAUGCCCAGAUCUAAAAUCCAGGACUAUCUGUCUCACCUGGGGAGGAAAGUUCUGGCCAGCUUUCCCGUUCAAGCCACUCUACAUUUCUAUAAUGAUGACUCCAGCUCUGAAGAUGAAGAUGAAACGGAGAUUGAGUUUAGAGCUCCAGGAAAAACGAGCACAUAAAAGGAGGGUGCUUGAUGUGUGGAGUAGAGAUGAUGAUGAUGAUAUUUGACAGUGACGUGAGCUUCAUGCAACCAGUGGUUAGUGGUCAUUAGGGUUUUUUUGUGUUUCUUUUUUUUUUUAUAUAUUUUUUUUUUUUUUAAUUAUUAUUAUUUUUUUGUGAUCGUUCUUGCCAGCCAGAAACCUUUUUUAUUACUUUUGACCUGAAGAAGGGGCUUUGGAGAGCUGGAGGCUGUUUAUCUGCACAAGUAUAGUCCUACAUUCAAGUGCAUUUUCAGUGAACAGACAUUCUUGACUGUGGAACAAGGAUCAUUUGUCAUGUGCCUUUAGAAGCGACUCUCCGCAAUGUAAUCUAGAGUUAAUACUGCUGGUUUGUAUUGAGUUGUAUAGCUGUACUGUCUGCUGGAUUUGGUGGUGGAGAUCCAGCAGUCUCCAGUCCUGUUGAGGAAAUGCUGCUGUUUUGGAAACAAACUUAUGAAAGAACAGGCGAUCAUGGUAGCCGGUCUCAGGAAGUAGGAAUGGUGCAUGGAUACACAGCGGAAUUGAGUCACGGACCCAUGCAGCACUGGUACUGUUUACUCAAAUAAAGCAUAAACACACCUUUUAACCUGAGUGAGUCUCCAUCACAUUCUCCUUCCAUAGGAGUGCAGAUGGGACUCAAGCAUGUGGAAUUCUCUACAAUGCACAUAUUACAUUUUUAUUCAAUUAGGUUACAAAUGUCUUAAUAGAGAUUUUGUAAUAUUGUGUUUAUACAUUUAUGGGAUUUGUAUUUUUUUUUUCUUAUGUAUGUAAUAAAGAUUUAUUUGAAAAGAUUGAAACACCUUUUGUCCAUUUCAUGUUGUAUUAUUAUUAUUAUUAUUAUUAUUAUUAUUAUUAUUAUUUUAUUUUUAUUUAUUUAUUUUUUAAAAAGUCAGUGUUCUCAUCGUACAUAUGACUCAAACGUAAUAAACCACUCCACAAAGUUUGAAGAGAAUCUCUUGCAAUAUAGUAAAAUUGGUUAUGAAACCACAAUGAGACAAGUAGUAAUCGUUUAUACAAUGGGAAAUUAUGAAAUAUGACCAUGUGAGGUCUACCAAUUUGAUUAAACACAUGAGCUUCAUGUCAUACUUAUAUAAUCAGCGAAAAAUACAUUAACCAAGCUCACACAACUCCACAAGCUUGAUCCUAAUACAGAAAAAUAAAAACUAUGGAGAUACAGUUGAGUGCAAAAUAAAAAGACUUGAAAGUAAUUAAAACCAAGAAGACACUGUGUGAGCUGUGCAUAGGAAAUCACAGGUCUGAACUCCUAUGUUGUGACAGCUGAUACAGUUGGGUGCAAAAGUUUAUAUUCCCCAUACUAUAACAUGCUUCAUCACUAACACAAGCAACAUGUUUAAAAAUGUAUGUUUAUAUACACUGCAAAAAUCUUAGCAAGUGGAAAUACCUUAAAUAUAGUCAAAUUGAUCUAGUAUUUCCUAUUGUAUAAGAUCACAAUAAACCAAAUAUAACAUUACACAUAUUUCAAGCCAUUUGUACUCAUGUCAAGCUUAAAAUAGUUUUAUUCUAUUGGCAGAUGAUUUAACUUGUUUUAAACAUUUAUUUAUAAAAAGAAGCAAAAUUAUCUGACAACAGGAUAAGCAAGCUACACGCCUGAAAUGAGUGAUGAUGUCUAGAAAUGUUUCAUGAGCUCAUAUUUGUUUUACUGUAAUCUUAUAAGAAACACCAGAUCAAUUUGAUUGUACUCGAGAUAUUUUCACUUGCUACAAUGACAUUUUUGCGGUGUAUUAUAUCGAAACAGUCUAACAUCUGAUGUAAAUGCUGAUUUUUCUCAAACUAUUUGAUGUUCGUUUUUGUUUUUGUAGUGGUCCAUGCCUAAAUGCCUAAAUGCAGCAGAUUGUAGUAAAUGAACUGGAGCCAUUUUGUAUUGAUUUUUAUUUAUUUUUACAUUACAUGAACAUGUUACAGUAUGUGUUGUGAGAUGUUUUCCCCCUACCCAGAACCCAUGGAGGAGUGUAAACUUUCGCAGUCAACUGUUUCAGGUUCACAGAAUAAGAGUUCAGACCUGUGAUUAGGUUUUUAUAAUCCUGUUGAGGUCACUGGGAUAAUUAAAGGGCAGAGGCUAAUGGAGGAUCUGCAGCACUCUUACAUGUGGUUUAUUUAGGAGGCUCUACAAAGUUGAUAUACACUAAAGGUCAAAAGUUUAGAGACACUUAACUGAAAUGUUUCUCACGAUCUUAAAAAUCUUUUGAUCUGAAGGUGUAUGA